AACCUUGGCAGCAGCAGACUAUAAAAUAGUCAUUUUGCCUACAACUUCAUCUAUUAUUAGUGAGUUUUCUGAUGACACCUUAGAAAAUAAUCUGUAUCUUAAAAAUGUUUCAAUUAGCACCGGAGAUCAUCCAGUUGAAUUAGCUGAUUGGACUUUAGUAAAUAAAAAGUUACGUCUUAAUGGAUUGGCACCUGUUGUCCUUACCCACCCCUCCAAACUGAUGCCUUAUUCAGAUGGUUAUACAAUUCUUGAUAGCAAAUCUAGUGAUUUACUAAGGAGAAACAUUUUGCAUCUGCUUCAAGAAAAUGAAUGUAUGAGAAAGGCUAUAAAAGAGCAACAGUUCAAAAAUUUUAACUCAAACAAUUAUUCUGACAAUAGACUACAAAUUAAGAAUCAUACAAGUUAUGACAAAAAAAGUUUGAGAAAAACUUGUGGUUGGGCAAAUUUUGGUAUUCAGCAAUUUUCUAAGUGUUGUUGUCCAAAGUUCCAGGAAGGGUUAGUCAAUAAAUGUGAUUGUCACAAUUUUGUGUUGGGUUCUGAAUUUUGUAAAGAUGUAUGUGUUUUCUAUCCAAAACUUGAGAAAUACAAAAAGAAAUAUAAAGACCUGAAAGCAAAAAAGAUGAAUUGUUUAGAAGAAUCAGCAAAAUUAAAUCACACAGAUAUACAUUUAACAAAUCUCAAUAAGCUUGAUGUAAGAAAUAGUGACAUAUGUCAGGAUUUGUACACUCUUAUUAAAGAGUUGGUUCAAAUGGUAACACCAUGGCAAAAGGUUUGUCUUGAUUAUGAUACAUCUUUGUCCUUACUGGAUCUCAAAGAUAUCUUAAAGAAGUUAAUAGAUGCUACACAUAAAGGACCUCAAAAAGAUGCAGAUCAAAAUAAAUACUUGGUUGAACAUUAUAUGCAUCUGUUUAACAUCAGAAAUAUUGAAUGGGUCUACACACAUAUGUACAAUUUUUAUGCUAAGUUUAAAACGUUGGAAAAUGGUAUUUGUACAAUAAGAAAUAUUCUAAACAUGAAUUCGACCGCGAAACUUAACAAUAUUAUUGAUGCAAUUGGACAGUUAGUUAGAGCUAAAGAUUUGCUUUAUUUCGAAAAUAUAGAUAGGCUCAUAAAAGAUAUUAAGAGAUACGAACAAUUUUACAAGUCCUUUAAUGAUAUGGUAAAUCAGCUUUUGGAAAUUUUAGAUGUUGAGUAUCCAGAAAACAUUGUUCCGUCUGUUAAAAGACUUAUUUCUUAUGGUUGAAAUAAAAUUACGUCAGAUGAUCUUAUCAGCACAAUAUAUCAUUAAAACUUGCGUUUUAAAAAAUGAUAGUAAAUGUAUUUUUCAUAAAUAAAAUUAAAAAGUAAUUUAAACAGUUA